AUGGUACGCAAGAACAAGGAUUUCCUGCAACUUCUUCAUGACAUUUGGGCCUUUGGUGGUUCCAACCGCUCUUUUCUGGAGCGCUACGAGCGCUAUGCCAAGGGCGAGCGAAACGACCUGCCGAGGGACCAUUUGUAUACCAACUUGUGGCCUCUGACGGUGGCCUUGGUUCUUGGCGGCACCUUCUACCUCUGCGUCAAGGCGCCUGAAUGGUUUGACUCGGACCCACAUUACUGCGAUCCCAUGCACAAUGACAAAAGCGUGCCAUUGGUGAGAGCUUUCCAUGAUCCAGUGCGAGAUCGAUGGGAGCGACUUCCAGAGGGCCGAGAAGCGCCCACGCCGCGGCAGUUGUACGCUUACUAUCAGAAGGUGAAACCUGAGUUGUUGGAAGAUGUCGAUAUCCGCUUCUUACCCAAGGUCAAUCUGACGGUCCUUAAUGUGCCAAAGACGAACGCGGCAAAGCCGACGUUUCCGUUUGGUAUCAUGGCUGGAUGA